AAUCUCCUUAUUUCGAACAAUUUGAACUUAUAUACGUUUUUAUUUACAGGAAUAAAGAAAAUUAUUUAACGAAUUCUGAAAAUGAAAAGCUAAAAAAAGCUUUUCUUAUAAAACAAUAAAAUUAAGUUAUUAGUUUUAAAAAUUAUUAUCAUAUAUAAGGAAUACUAUAUAAUUAAAAUUAACAAAACGGUGAGAGAUUCAAAUGGUAAAAACAAAAUCAUCAGGUGUAAUAAACUACGAUAUCAAAGGAAAAAAAUUAUAAACAUAUACAUAUGUAUAUAAACUUACGGUAUAUGAAUAGAACUUAUUAAAAAAAAAACAUAUAUAAACACGUAAUAUUUAAAACUUUAUUUGUAUGCGGCAAACAGCUGCAAAAAAGCUUCAAAGUUGUAUAAAAACAAGAAAUAAAUAUGCAUACAAUAUUCAUAAAUACAUAAGUUAAUUUUUUUGUCAUUGAGAUAUUUCCUUUUUUUCAAUGUAGAAAAAAAUAAAAUUACAAAUAGUCUAAACUUAAAAAUCAUGACAGAAAGUGAUGAAUUUAAAAAAUAAUAUUUAACCUAUUUUAAAUUGGUGUAAUCUUAAUUGAUAAAAAAGUUAUUUUAUUAUUUAUGAUUAUAAAAGAUUCAUCUAUGUUGUUAAAAAACAUAAUUUUAUUUUUGGUUAAAAUAGAUAAAGCUUCUAAAUUACAGUGUCUAAAUACAUUUCGAAUUUCGAAUUGAACAAAGUUCAAUAAAAAUAAAAAAUUACACAUCGUUAAUAUUAAUCAAAAGUGCAGUUUAGAAGGAGGAUCAAAAUCACACUGCUUUUAAAAAUAAAAUGCAACAUCCACAAUCACCUGAUUUACAAAACGGAUCAAUAGCAACAGCCCAACCUCCCGGAUCAUAUAAUACACAGAAUACUAAAAGAUCACUAAUAAAUGGUGGCAGAUUCGAUUUUGAAGAUGGAGGUACAUAUUGUGGUGGCUGGGAAGAAGGAAAAGCACACGGAUUUGGAGUUUGUACAGGUCCCAAACAUCAGGGUGCUUACGCUGGUGCCUGGAAUUAUGGUUUUGAAGUAUCUGGUGUGUAUAUUUGGCCAAGUGGUUCAUCAUUUGAAGGUCAAUGGCAAAAUGGCCGGCGACAUGGCCUUGGAGUAGAACAACGUGGUCGUUUAGUGUAUAGGGGUGAGUGGACUAGCGGUUAUAAAGGAAGAUAUGGAGUGAGACAAAGCACAACCUCUACAGCCAAAUAUGAAGGCACAUGGGCCAAUGGACUGCAAGAUGGAUAUGGCUCUGAAACAUAUGCAGAUGGUGGAUCAUAUCAAGGACAAUGGCAAGAAGGUAAACGACAUGGGUAUGGUGUGCGUACUUCGGCUCCUUAUGGAUUAGCAUCUCAUUAUCGACCAAAAACUGCAAUGCACACUUCUAUGAGUUCAUUAAACAAUGAAAAUGCGGAUCCAUCGGAUAAAAGAAAUCACCGUAUGGAGGAUAUUCGAGGCGGAUUUGUGCUCCGAGCCAAAUCAGAUGAUGAGCCAGCACGUAGAAAUAGUCUUGGAGAAAAAUCAAAAAAAGGAAUUUUUUCAGGACUUAAAAUGAGAAAACAAAGAAGUGUAGGAGAUCUUGAAAAAAGAGGUACUGCUGCAUCUGGUAGCAUAAGAUCUACAGUUUCGACUGCUUCGUGGAUAAGUACCGGUUCUUCACAGUCCGUAUUAUCUCAAAAGUAUUUACAUAUAAAAUUUACCUAAUACAAUUUUUUUUUAUUCAAACACAUAUUCUUCUUUUUAUAUCAUUUGAUUCUUGAUUAUUUUUGAAUUGAUUUAUUUUAUUUGUUUUUUUUUUUGCGUUUACUCAUUU